AUGGACAAGCUCUCAUUGCUGUGGGCUGCCCCAGAUAUCAACCCUGUCAACUACAAAGCUCGCUCCAUUCCUGUCUUCAAUGUGAUCAAUAUCUACGGGCGCGUCUUCUUCUUCUCUUGGUUUGGUUUCUUUAUUGCCUUCUGGUCCUGGUAUGCCUUUCCUCCACUCCUCACAAGGACCAUCCGGACAGAGUUGGAAAUGACCAGUGCGGAUGUGGGCAAUUCCAAUAUUGCAGCCCUCACUGGCACACUACUAGUCCGGUUUCUUGCUGGCCCUGCUUGCGAUCGAUGGGGUCCCCGCAUGACAUAUGUCGGUAUCCUAGUCAUGGGCGCUAUUCCAACUGCUCUGUCCGGUCUUGUCAGAACUGUUUCUGGCCUCAUUGCCAUUCGAUUUUUUGUCGGUAUCCUGGGCGGGACUUUCGUACCCUGCCAGGUCUGGUCGACUGCUUUCUUUGACAAGAACGUUGUUGGAUCGUCCAAUGCGCUCAUUGGAGGCUGGGGCAAUGCAGGUGGCGGAUUUACAUACUUUGUGAUGCCUAUGAUCUAUGACAGUCUCCAAAAUGACAUGGGUCUUACCUCCUCCCAGGCGUGGCGGGUUUCUUUCGUGGUCCCCUUUAUCAUCAUCACCGCCACAGCUUUGGGCAUGUAUCUGCUUUGCCCUGACACUCCAACUGGACGGUGGAGCGACCGACACAACGCCACCAAGCAAUUGUUGAACGAACAUGGCGUUCAAGGUCCGGUCUUUGACACUGAUACCGGUUCAUCAACACCUACGCAGCGACUCAGCGGCACCGCCACUUCAGUAGAAGAGGAGAAGAUGGGACAAAGGGAAGCAUCACGCCACCCCGACAUCGAACGGAGAAGUAUUCGUCGAGCCUCGGCAGGAAAAGAAGUCAGCCUUCCGCGAGAAGAAAUGUUGGAAAUUGCUCGAGGCGAAGUCAUCAAGCCGCCUACAUUCAAAGAGGCUCUCAAUGUUUUCUUUUCACUGCAGAUGGCCUUUCAUGCUUGCGUCUACAUUUGCUCCUUCGGUGGAGAAUUGGCCAUCAACUCAUACCUGGCGUCCUACUAUCUUCGCAACUUUCCUUACCUAGGACAGACAAAAGCGGGUCAAUGGGCUUCCAUGUUUGGUCUGUUGAACGUCUUCACGCGACCGCUUGGAGGAAUCAUCUCUGAUAUUCUGUAUCACUAUACUCACUCUCUGUGGGUCAAAAAGUGGUGGAUUGUUUUUGUCGGAAUCGUUUCUGGAGCAUUUAACAUUGCGAUUGGGUUGGCUGACCCCCAUGAUGAGGCGACCAUGUUUGGGCUGAUCGCCGGAAUGGCAUUCUUCUUGGAAGCUGGCAAUGGCGCGUCGUUCUCUUUGGUGCCUCAUGUGUUUCCACAUGCCAACGGAAUCAUCAGUGGUUAUACAGGUGCGGCGGGCAACCUAGGUGGUGUGAUUUUUGCCAUCCUUUUCCGUUUCCAUGGCACCGACUACCAGGAGAGCUUCUGGAUAUUGGGCAUCAUGGUUAUUGGAUUCAAUCUGAUCUUUUGCUGGGUGCGACCAAUCCCCAAGGGUCAGAUUGGUGGAAGAUAGAUCAGGAAAAUUGCGGUGGACGCAUCAUCAAAAGGAAACAGACAGCAUACAAAACUGGAACCCCUGAGGGCCAGUAACUUGAAACGACAUGGAACGACAGGAUUAUCACGACAAGGGGAAAACGAUGGACAGAGUCUACAACGAUACCACUGAGCGAUG